UUACUGGGACGUUUGACGUGACGGAUGCAAUUCUGGGUGCAUAAGUAGCAAGGCCAAUUUUUGGAACUAUCUUUCGUAGAUCUGUACUUUGAUAUGUUAGCCACGCCAAAUCUCGGGAGUCGGUUGAUGAGUUCACGAUAUGGGCACCUGCGAAUAGAACUUUGUAAAUCUGAUGCAAGCAAAAGUCUCGGACCCGUCAAGGCCGGGUCAGUCACAAAUCCCGAUGUGUUCGAACUUGGUUAGUCGUCCGCGUGUCUUAUCAGAUGGGAUGCGAAGAGCUUACUCUUUACCCGGGUACUUUUUAUUUCCUUUUACGUCUUUUACCCUUGUAUUCUACAAACGCCUCGUUUUUCUCCUAUCUCUUGAACAUAGUCACAUUGUGCAGGGCUCCCUUUCAUCGUCGAACAUCCCUUUGUCACUAACGUUCCGCUUCUCAUAUGCGCUUCUUAUGACUCACUUCUCCCUAUAUUCAUGUAUACGCUGUCGAAUCCAGCGCGUUUCAAUCCCACAGAAGCAAACGUCCUUUAACCGUCUCAAUAAUUCAAAUAUCCCUUUUAACGAAUUCCUUUCAACUUGUUUCGAACGCAUUCCCCAUCGAACUCAUGCGCAUCAGCCUUACAAAAUAUCUUGAGUCCUCGUUAAUGAUCAACAUAUGAUCAAUGUCCAUCUCCUCGGAGUGUCGCAUUCACCUCUCACCACACUUACGGUGCUCUGCGUUUGUACUACUCAGAAUAUGGAAUG